CAACACUCACGCUUUUCAACCAGUUUAAAUAAAAUAAAAUUAGGUUUUUGUUGAAAGUUGGAAGAAAAUAUUCGUUUAUAAUGUUUGAAGAAGAUCCCCAGAGCUCCGACGAGGAAUGCCCUGUCCCGGAUGCCGAUUCGUGUGAUGCGAAAGAACUGAAGCUGCUGUUCGAGCAACAUAUUAAAUCCAGUUCGGAAACCGCUGCUUCUUUGAAGCGCACCUGUGGCCUUAACUUGGCCUUAUCUAACGAUGGUCGCAAACUGGCGGUGGGCCUCUCCCGAAAGGUGCUUCAAUUGUACGACCUCGGCACCAACGGUGAACUUGUGCUGUGCAAUGCAGAGUUUGCGAAAUACAAGAGCGCUAUCAAGGGGGCAAAAUUUUUCGGAAACAAUCCGAACACUCUUAUGGUUUGUACUGAGGAAGGGGACGUAAAUCUGUAUGAUUUACGCACCGGUAAUACGGUUCAUCGGUUCGACGAUGUUUCGGAAGGUCCGAAGAAGACGAUGACAGCGUUCGAUAUCAACCAGAACGACCGGGUGAUGUGUGCUUCGACCGAGGUCCAGAAAGGCGGAGACAGCUUCCUACUGUUUUUCGACAUUCGGGAACGAUCCUUUCUGGGGAGCUAUUGGGAAUGCCACAGCGAAGACGUCACGAACGUUAGGUUUCAUCCGACGAAUCCGGAUCUACUGAGCAGUGCAAGCGUCGAUGGGCUCAUAAAUGUUUUUGACAUCUCCAAACCGAACGAAGACGAUGCACUGCAGGAUUGCUUCAAUGUCGAAAACUCCAUCGAAUCCAUCAACUGGCACUCGAGCCCAACGGAUAAAGACUGGAUUUCGUGUAUUACGACUACGAACGAUUUCCACCUGUAUGAAGUGGAAACCCAGGAGAUUGUUGUCGAAUUCGAUAGGGAGAGUAUUACCGAAUACACGAAGAGGACUUCAUCGAUGGACUGCAAUGUGAUUAAUACACACAAUGAUGGCAGCGCAGGAUUCUUCCUGUUGGCAGGAUCGAAUUACAACAAAGGCGAAUGUUUGCGAUCGCUAAGGUACGACAACAAACACUUCUUGCCGCACAGGAACUUCCUUCACAACAAGCAAAUCAUUCGGGCCAGCGUUUAUAACGAAAAGGAACACUGUCUAAUAACCACUGGUGAAAGUGGACUCAUAACGGUGUGGCGUUCUGCGGAAUCAACUCCAGCGCAAGCGGAAUUCGACACUAGUGCCAGCAAGAAUUUGAAGCAGAAGUUACACAUUAGUCACCGAAACAAGCCAUAUUGAUUUGCAUUUAAGUUCCACUCGAUGAUCCCGCAUUAAAUUCACAAAACUAGACACGUGAGUCAUUAUAUAUAACAUAAAUUAUGGCGA